AUGCACAAAAUCCCUACGGAUUUGCUUAAAAACUGUGCCAACUACCUGAAAUCAUGCAUUCUUUAUGAGGUACUCAGUAAGAAACCAAUUUUUGACUGCUAUCGCCACUUUUGUGAGAGAAAUGGAGAGGAUGCGAUGGGAUACGGUGAUUUUGAAUACUAUUAUUAUCGAUUUUACAGUGGAGUCGUGGAUUUCGAGCAUGAGAGAAGAAUCGACUCCAAGGAGAAGACGUUGAGUGGGUUGCCGUUGGAGAUACUCGGAAUGGUGACUGGAUAUUUGGAGCCAGAGGAGAGGCAAGCAUUUGAUAACAAAUGGACACCAGACGUCUUUCGUUUAUAUAUUAAUGAAAUGGGCUUCGAAUAUAAAAGUGACAAUGGGCGCUUCAUUCGAAAUGGUAAUCCUGAUGAAGGCUUGGAGACUGCAUUCAAUCGUUUCGCUCAAGUCUUGAAACAUCCAAAACUCCGAAUUGAUCGUCUAGAUCUGAUACUGCCAGAUGAUUUGUUCCCAGAAGAAAGAGAACAAUUAUUGAAAUGCUUCUCACAUUCAUUGCAUGUGAAGACAGCGGAAAUUCAAGGAAGUGUUGAGGAAACAUUGACAAUUGUGUCUCACUUGAAGCCUGGAGUCUUAAAAAAAGUUCUGGUAACCGGAUGUCCUAAAAAACUAGCUCCAGUCUUUGAACUGGAACAUUGGAAGAAGGCAGAGCACACUGAAUUGUUUUCCUGUAAAACUACUUCGAGAUCUUUUCCACGGUUCUACAGCGUCCGUUCUUUCUCUCUUUUUGUCAAGUCAAUGGAAUUGAAUCAUUUACAUCUUUUGAUAGCUAAAUACAUGGCAGUGACUCGAGUCUUGAAUUGGUUCUUCAGCUGGAACUACAAGCCAAAUGAAGAUAAUUUGGAUGCCAACGAACAGCUCACAGCAGAAGAAGAGGAGAUCCAAGAACCCAAACCACUGACUCUAUACACUUUACCAAUCACAGCAUUCGAGCACAUCCUUGAACAGCUGACAGUCCACGAGAGGCGUCGACUUCGAGAAGUCUCCAGAACUCUCAAAGAUGAAAUCGGUUAUCAACCAAUGAGAGGUGAUUUAUCUAUUCUUCAGUGGAAUGAGAAAGAAAACGAAGGAUAUCGGAUUAGAUUAAACCAACAACGGCUUACAAUUAUGAAACGAGGAGACUGUUGCUACAAAGAAAUGAAGCUGGAAAAUGGUAGAGAAGAAUGGGUGGAGAUGGAAGGAGAAGAUCUUGUAGAAAUAUUGAUUGCAGAGAUGAAAUUAAUUCUUGUGAAUCCAAAGCUUCAACUGGAAGAACUGGAUAUCUCUAUUCAUAACGACGCGACGAGGGAAAAGUUUCUAAAACAGUUCGACUCACUUCUCAGUUCUCUACCGCACCAGCUCCACGUGGAAAGAUUGGAUCUGCCAUUUCUUGAAGACAUCGAGAUUCAAAUUUUAUCUGAAAUGAAGCCAGGAAUCCUGCUAGCACUGAAUCCAGCCAUUUUUCGUCUGAGAGUUGAGAAGGAUAUGAUGAACAAAAUUAUGGAAACGCAACAGUUCAAAAUGCUGAGAAAACUGAAUAUUGAAAUGGAAAAUCUCCCCGAUACCUCCAAAUUGGUGAAUCUUCGAGAUAUUACUUUACGCGUUACUACAAUUACCAAAGGGGACAUGAUUAUUAUCAAACAUGCGCUUCUCAGUUCGACAUCCAGAAUCAAAUCACUCUGUAUUAUGACCAAAAAGAGAAGUAUAGAGUAUUUCGACAUUCUGGAGAUUCUUGGAAUCCCUCGAGAAGAGGAAAAUCAGGAGAGGGAGAGGAGGAAGAAGAGAAAAUCUACCAAGAUCGUUAUAUUUUCGAGGCAGAUGCAUACGGCCCCGGAUCAUUUUGUGUUCUUAACAGCCGGCCCGAGCUAA